ACAGCGGAGCUCUCUUAUCCACCGGACGAUUUUACCAACUAGCUCAAAUCUUGUCUCCACGCCGAACCUGCAACGAACUAAAAACAAAAUGGCUGCCAAGAUGUUCUUCGUGAUCCUUGCUUUGGCCGUACUGACCGCCUUCGUCAUGGCCAGCGAAGAGGACGACUUUGCUGAUGACGCUUUGUACGAGAUGGUGAAGAGGGGGAAAAAGGGCAGGAAGAGCAGAGGCAGCGCUUACUUCAGUUGCCCUGACGCGUUCGGCAACUCAGGUUGUGUCUGCGACAGGAGGCUUGGCCCCGGAGCCGACCCAGUGGUGUGCAGGUAAUAAACCGGCUCAGACUUCACCCUUGGUCGCUCGAUGGAGCUACAGACAAGGAUGCUCACAGAGGCUGUAUUCGCUGGAUGUUCCAAUACGUCACUAAAUUCGAUAAUUGUGUAAUUUUAAAUAACAAAUACUUUUCGGUAUCCUUCAUCAACAUUUAGAGUUUAGAUAGCGAUAUAAACCCUCGUCAUAAGAACUAAUGGUAUUUAAAGUAUCGAAAGAAUUAUAAUCCACAAAGUUGACGCUAAGAAUGGAUUUUUUUUUCUUCAGACAUCAGAACCCGAUUUCUACUGUUUGGCUUUCGUUGUUAUUGACGUGAGCUUGGUGUUUAUAAGCCUUCAAUACUCUAAAUAACUGUUAAAGUUUUGAGUUAACAUUAAUUAUGCAGUGUUGGUGUUGGGAGAAUAUUCGAUUACGGAACCGGAGUGUUCAUAUUCUGUUUAGCUUUUAAUCUACCUUCAACAGUAACAAAGUAUACCCACAUACAACUUAGUGCUACUAAUACCAUGUACCUUAUUUGAAUUUGUUGAAUAAAUUAGGCAUAAUAUGGAUCCAUGUACACGGAGGUAUACGGGAUCCUUGUCAUCAUGUUAUUUAACUUGAGCGCAGUAAAAUCUGGAGGAAAUAUAACAACCAAUAAAUCAUUGUAUCCGAUCGAUUAAGCCCCGCCCAGUGUGGUUUGACCAAUCACAGUCUUGAUUAAUGUCCGACAUGCGUGCACAAAAGUCUGACAUGCUUGCACGCGCCUGUGGUGGGCGUGGCUAGAACGUGCAGUGUGGCAUGGAAGACGCGCACGGGUUGUUUCCCUACGUGCGCAGUGGCCACUUGUGCGCAGUGGGCGGGACUAAACGGAUCGGUCCAAUAAGGCGACUGAAUGUAGUAACAACACGUAAAGCUUAAGUUGUGCACUGUACUCCACACGUUUUAUCCAUGGGAGCCAUUUUGUCAUACUGAAACUCACUACGAAACCCCGAGCUCCAAUUUGACUUUUAGUUUAGUCUUGAGUCAUGUACGGUUGGAAAAUAAAGGCAAGUUCUUCUUUCUGUCAAGUGCAACAAAAUCA